CGCUGCUGGGCCGCAGCUUGCCGGGGGCCCAAGCGCCCCCGCCCGCCGUCUCCUCUCCCUCCCCUCCCCCGGGACGGGAGGAGGAGGAGACUCCGCGGCCCUCCCUCGGCCCUCCCGGCGGCGACCGCAGCAAGCCCCGUGCCCGCUCCGCCCAGCCGCGGCGGGUCGGACGUCCGGAGUCCGCGGGACAGCGGCCGAGGUCAGAGGAGACAGUCCCCACCCGGCGGCUGGGAGAGAAGUGGGUAGUGGUGGCCAACAUGCUCAGUGGUAUCACUUCCAGCACGUGUCUCCCGCGCCACCCCUGAGUUCGGCCACGAGUCUGAACCCAGGGCCGAGGGGCUGCUCGCCCACCCGCGCAGCGGCACCAUGAGCCACGGGCCGAGCCCCCGGCUGGCCGAGUCCCUGCAGCUGUCCAAGGGCAGCCUCCUGAAAAUCCUGGACAGCCUGUCGCCCGAGCGCAUGGGCCCGGCCGACUCGCUGCCGCCCACCCCGCCCAGCGGCACGCCCUCCCCAGCACCGCGCACGCUGCCACUGCCCCCGCCACCCACGCUACUGGCGGACGGGGACUGGGAGAGCCGCAUGGAGCUGCGGCUGCGGGAGCUGGAGGAGGCGCGGGCGCGGGCUGCGCAAAUGGAGAAGACCAUGCGCUGGUGGUCGGACUGCACUGCCAACUGGCGCGAGAAGUGGAGCAAGGUGCGCGCUGAGCGGGAGGUGCGCCAGCAGCGUCAGCGUCUCCACGUGCUCACCAAGGAGCUGGCGGGCGCGCGGCGGGAGCGCCAGGAGGGGCAGGGCGAGUGCGAGGCGCGGGGCUGAGAGCUGAUGCGGCUGCGGGGCACGCGAGGAUCCACCGACAGGACGCCCGAUGGUCCCGAGACUGAGCCAGAGCGGGAGCACGAGCAGGUGCGCGAUGUCGGGUAGGAGAGGCCUCAGGGCAGCCAGGAGUUGGAGCUAGUGGAGAACCUGCUAAAGAGCAGACCAGAGGCACCUGAGGGAUGCUGGGAGGCACGCAGCGUGGGGGCUGGGGGCCCACGGGGCAGCUUGGGCCGCCAGGAGCGCAGCCGGCUGCCCUGGGAGGACACAGCCACCAUUGAGGAAGAUGCAUCCAAACUGACCGCCCUGCGACUACGGCUGGAUGAGUCCCAGAAGGUGCUGCUCAAGGAGCGAGAGGAUAAACUAGCACUGAGCAGGAACAUUGAAAAGCUGGAGGGGGAGCUUAGCCAGUGGAAGAUCAAGUACGAGGAGCUGAGCAAGACCAAGCAGGAGAUGCUCAAGCAACUCAGCAUCCUGAAGGAGGCCCACCAGGACGAGUUGGGCCGCAUGUCUGAAGACCUGGAGGACGAGCUGGGUGCACGGUCCAGUAUGGACAGGAAGAUGGCUGAACUGAGGGGUGAGAUGGAACGGCUGCAGGCAGAGAACGCAGCUGAGUGGGGUCGCCGUGAGCGGCUGGAGACAGAGAAGCUGGGCCUGGAGCGGGAGAACAAGAAGCUCCGGGUGCAGGUUGGGGACCUGGAGGAGGCGCUGGCCCGGAGGCGGAGGCAGACAGCCAGCGCCCUGGACUGCGACCUGCGGGCCAGCCAGGCUGCACUCUUCGAGAAGAACAAGGAGCUAGCAGACCUGAAGCAUGUGCAUGGCAAGCUGAAGAAACAGUUCCAGGAGAAGGUGGCAGAGUUGACGCAUGCCAACCGGCGGGUAGAACAGCAUGAGGCAGAGGUGAAGAAGCUGCGGCUGCGGGUGGAGGAGCUCAAGAAGGAGCUGGCCCAGGCUGAGGAUGAGCUGGACGAGGCCCACAACCAGGCACGCAAGCUGCAGCGGUCGCUGGACGAGCAGACGGAGCAGAGCGAGAACCUGCAAGUGCAGCUGGAACACCUGCAGUCCAGGCUCCGCAGGCAACAGCAGAAUGUCCCCCUCUUCGGGAAGAUCCGCAGUGCUCGCUUUGGCACCGAGGAGGCUGGAGACGGAGCCAGCGACCUGGAUGAGGAUGAGGACCUGCAGAUCCAGGUGGCCUAGAGCUCCCAGGGCUGGGCAGGACUGGCCUGCAGCCACAGGCCCACAGGCGCUGGACUGGUGCAGCUGCCCGUGCUCACUCUGGGAGCAGACUCCGCUCCCUGCCGCAAUGACUUCCUUCUCUCCCAGGGUGCGUGUCAGUGGUCCCACCCUGCUGAUACCCCAUGAAAGGGAAACUGUGGCCUAUGUUUUAUAUGUAUAUUUUAUAUAUAUAUAUAUAUAUGCAUUGGUCCUUGGACCCAUAUAAACACAGGACCACUCUAAGGCCCAGUCUCGGCACCCCUCCCUACCCGGGACCUUCAUGCAGAGAGCAGUGGAUGUCAAGGGAGAGCUGUUGGGGCCCCAGCCCAGGCUGCCUUGGGGAGGACCUGUUCAUAGUGCAUUGUGAUAAACCCGGUCUUUUGUAAUAAAUGGAGCUCGGGUUUCAGGGCAGAGGCCUGAGAGUGUCGCAGAUCUGGGCAGGCUGUGUGGGGACAUCACCAGCCUGUACCUGGCACCAAACCUGAGCUCAGGACUGUGAAGUGACUUAAUAAAUGAUUGUGAGAAAGAA